GCUGCCGUCUGCUGGUACUUAAAUGAGCGCACAGGUCGCAGAACUUCAUAUCCUGAAAGUCAAGAAUCAAUAUGGACAGGAAGACAAUCGUGUGCUUGACGGUGCUGCUGCUGGUGGCGGCGCUGAGCUCGGCGUCCGCGAAGCACCUCCGCGGCCGCGGCAGAGACGUGUGCGCCUGCCCCCGCAUCUACCGCCCCCUCUGCGGCUCCGACAACAAGACCUACGCCAACGAAUGCGUCUUUGAGUGCGACAAGAGCCUGGGCCGCGCCGCCUCAGAUGUGCGAAUCCUGCACGAAGGAGGCUGUGAUGAACCCGUACCACUUAGAAGGCUUUAAAAAGAUUGGACAUGUAUCGAGCCAUUGACAUGUGACAUUAUCCCAUUCAUUUUGAGCAAUAAAAUGUCAGAAGAUUGUUUGUUUGCCGAUCAAAGGCCUUGAAACAGAAAUAAAAGUAUGAAAGGAA